UUUGACAGUGACAUUUUGACAAGUAUGGUGCCGUAUGUUCAACACCGUGAGAUUUUUAAUAUUUUCUGUUGAAGUCAUGUUAUAAUUAUAAUUACAAAUGAAAACAUGUCACUGGGAGAUAAUCUUAGAGAACUGGGCUGGCAUCUGACCCAGGAAGGUAUAGAAAAUGUGAGUGAAAAUGGACUAAUACAGGACGUGAAAGUGCUCAGUAAAAAGGCUUUAGACUAUGAUCUGAGAGAUAUCGGCGAUGCUGCGUUUCCGGAGGACUUCAUAAAAGACGCACUGAAACUGGAAAACCCAAUAAUUGUGCAAAUUCAGAAGAUUAGGAAUGUAUCCGCACCAAAGGCUAAUGAGGAAUCUACUUCAGCACCCCGGAUGCUGAGGUUGACAUUGAAUGAUGGGAAAACUUCAUGUACAGGUCUAGAAAUAAGUCCAAUAUCGAGUAUCAGUAUUAAUACGCCACCAGGAACCAAGGUGCUGUUAAACAAUGAGGGUCUAGAAGUGGUCCACGGGGUGAUAUGGCUCACUCCAAAUGUCAUCACUGUGUUGGGAGGGAAGGUGGUUCAUAUGAUUGAAAAGUGGGAGCUAAAUAGGAGUUUGGCCAAACACACUAGAGGUGGUGUUGGGGCCGAGCCAGGGGGCCCUCCUCCAUGGAUUCCAUUUGGACAGCGGCUGGAGGCGCUGGCCUCGGACAAGCAGUUCAAGAGCCUGCAGGAAGCAGCCAAGCAGGACAACGCUGAGUUUGAGGCACAGAGGAAGGGGGCCAUUGCUGAAGCUCAACGACUGUCUGGUGUAAAGAAGGUGUUUGGGGGUGGAACGAAACCUUUACUGGAUGCAAAUGUCCAAAAAAUAGUAGAUGCUGGUUUCUCUGAAGAGCAAGCUGAAAAUGCUUUGAAAUAUACUAAAAAUAAUGUCGACAGAGCGCUUCGCAUGCUGCAGAAGAGAGAUGCUUCUGAAAACAGAUCUAAAGACAAGCCUCCAAAAGAGCCCGAGCAGAAACAACACAAAAGAGGACGUAAUAAAGACGUCACCGACGAAGAUAUAAUCCCCGUCAAACCUUCCGGGAAAGUCUCUCUAUUCGACUUCUUAGAGGACAAACUACCUAACGUCCCUGAGAAAGAUCGAAACAGCCGCCAGAGUAACACAGACUUCUAUGACAGAAACGACAGGGGCUACUCAAGCAGAGAUAGGAAUGGUGCCAAAAACAACUUCCGUCCUCAAGGACCAAGAUACGAUAGGGAUAGAUCUGGCAAUAGGGGACACUAUUCCAACGACGGUCACCACAGUCGAGACGACAGAAAGUAUCAAUCGCACACGCAAACAGAGAGACCUCCGCGUUUCCAAAAGAAGUUCGAAGACAGGAACAGACUGCAGCAGCAGCAACUGCAACAGCAACAAAGCCAAUCCAACAAUGUCAAUUAUAAUCAAGCUUACAACAAUUCCUACCAGAACCAACCUCAAAACUACAACAAUCGGCCUGAACGUAGUCCUAGCGACCAAGCUCAAAUUAACUAUAGAAAUAAUUCAAACCCUAUGGACGGCUUAGCGGAGGCGGCGGCGAACCUGAACCUCCUGUCCAACCAAUCACGGGCCGAGGAGCCGGCGCGGAGCUACCAGUCCGACUACAAUAAGAGCUACCCUCCACCAGACAACAACUACCGGACCGAACCCACCCAAAAGUACCAGGAGUACAGCCAGCGCAGACCGCAAACAAACGGCUACAUGGAGGGUCAGCAGAAUGUCUACGCUAAUCCGAACGCUUACGUGCAGGGGGCUUACCCCCAGCGCCAGCAGCAGUACGGGUACAGCGGGCGGCAGGAGUACGGGUCGGUGCGGAGCCCGGGCGGCGGGCCCUUCCUGCCGGGGUCGCUGCUGGGGUUCCAGAAUGCAGCUGUGAAUGAGCAAGCGCGCGCCAUGCUCGGCGUGGCUGAGGUCACGUGGAAGGUGGGAGAUCGAUGCCUCGCGCUGUAUUGGGAGGAUAAUAAUUUCUAUGAAGCAGAGAUCACGGGCAUCUCUGCGAACACGGUUGUGGUCAAGUUCUGUGCGUACGGGAACCACGAAGAGGUGCUGAAAUCUAACUGCCUUCCCUUCCCUGCCCAGGGAAGUAAUUACCGAGGCGCGUUCCCACGACGCCCGUAGUGGCAGUCCGCGGCGCCGCCCGCCGCCCGCAGCUGACGACCCCGCGUGGCUUCACCGACCAAUCACAACGGACACACAGCACCGCACGAGCACGCCAUUGGCUGAGAGCUCGCUCGCUGAUGCACACAUUGGCUGACUGGUUUACGU